AUGUUCUCCUCUGCUGUUCCGUACAAAAACCAGCACUACUCUCACCUGAAGAGGGAUUGCAUCAACGACAAGAAGCUGUUUGAGGAUCCAGAGUUCCCAGCCGUCAAUGCAUCUCUUUAUUUUAGGAAACCACCUCCUGGUCGUGUGGAGUGGAAACGGCCAAAGGAGAUAAGCAAUGAGCCCCAUCUGUUUGUGGAUGGCAUCAGCUCCCAUGACCUGAACCAGGGAAUUGUGGGAAACUGCUGGUUUGUUGCUGCCUGCUCCUGUCUGGCUUUGAAGCCAAACCUCUGGAAGAAGGUUAUUCCUGACUAUAAGGAGCAGGAGUGGGAUCCCAAACAACCGGAGCGGUAUGCUGGAAUCUUCCACUUUCAGUUCUGGGUGUUUGGAGAGUGGGUGGAUGUAGUGGUAGACGACCGGCUGCCUACAAUCAACGGUGAACUCAUCUACUGUCACUCGAAAGACAACAACGAAUUCUGGAGUGCUCUGCUGGAGAAGGCCUACGCCAAGCUCCAUAGCUGCUAUGAGUCCCUGGAGGGGGGAAACACCGGAGACGCUGUGGUGGAUUUCAGUGGAUGUGUGGCUGAAGCCAUCAACCUGGAGAAAGAAGCUUACUGGAAGGACCCGAAAAAACAGGACCAGCUGUUUGAGGAUCUGCUAAAGGUCUACGACCAGGGAGGAAUCAUUAGCUGCUCCAUUAGGGCACAGCCUCAUGAGAUUGAACACAAGAUGGCAAACGGACUGGUGAAAGGCCACGCAUAUUCAGUAACUGCAGUGAAGAAAGUGCGUUUGGGUCACGGGCUGUUGGCCUACUUCAAGAAUGAAACCAUUUCUCUGAUCCGCAUGAGGAACCCCUGGGGCAAGACUGAGUGGAAGGGAGCUUGGAGUGACAGCUCUGAGGAAUGGUCAAAGGUUGGUGAUACGGAGAGGCGCAACCUUGGCAUCGUAGUAGAGGAUGAUGGGGAGUUCUGGAUGUCAUUCACAGACUGGUGCAAGUUCUACGAAGAUGCAGAUGUUUGCCAUCUCCUCAAUACUUCGCUGAUCAGUGUCCAUAAGACGUGGAACGAGGUUGUGCACUUUGGGAGCUGGACCAAACACGCAGAGCCGCUUUUAAACCGCUGCGGUGGCUGUGCUAACCACAAGUCGACAUUCCUGCAGAACCCACAGUACUUGUUUGAUGUUACAAAGGAGGCUGACGAGGUUCUAAUCACCUUGCAACAGAAAGACAUGAAGAUCAACAGACAGUUUGGUCAAGGAGAAAAUCUAAGUAUUGGCUUCGGUGUCUUCAAGGUGGAACUGAACAGGAAGUAUCGGAUGCACGACAUCCUGACCCAACAAUGUGUGAACACAUCCACUUACAUCAAUGCUCGGAUAGUGUUUAUGAGAUGCAUGCUCCAACAGGGCCGCUACGUCAUCAUCCCCACCACCUUUGAGCCUUACAAGCUGGGGGAUUACAUGAUCCGAGUUUUCACCCAUGUGGAAUCAGGCUGCAGGGAGUUGACAGAGGAUAAGCCGAAGGUAAAAUGCUGGAGUUCAUUCCUUGGAUACCCACAAGCUGUGACUCACAUCUACGUCCACGGAGCUGAGGAGCUGCAGAAGCAAGACAAUACAGGAGGUGCAGACCCUUAUGUGAUUAUAAAUUGUGAGGGCCGGUCGGUUCGAUCCACCAUCAAGAAGGACACCCUGCAACCAGAGUUUAUGACCAGCGCCAUUUUCCACAGGAAGAAGCCCAGAAAUCCCAUAACUGUGGAGGUAUGGAACAGCAACGCAGUGAAGGAUGAGUUUAUGGGCCAAGUGGUGUUGUCCGGGUCGGUGAAGGACUCCUCUGGCCCUCAGAGGCUUCAGCUGUUGAAGCGAGGACAGAAGACAGCUGACGAGAUGCCCGGUAAAAUCAGUCUGAGGAUCGUCACUUCUACUGAGCUGACCGCCAUGUGAUCUCGCCAUUGAAUUGAGAGAGGGCUGGAUCUCUUUCAUUGCUGAACAAUGUGGUGAACAUCUUACUUGGCACGUGCCAUCAUCAAAGCACUAGACCUGUCGUGGUUCGAUCUGUUCUCUAAGGUCCAGACACACGAAGCGCUGGAUGUCCCUGGUUGUGUGUGAAUUUACAUAAUUAUUUGCACUUGGUGAAUUGUUUGCAAAGUUGAGAGGUGAGCAGGGCAUGACUGAAUGUCAAGUCCUGUCAUUUUUACCUAAAGGUUUAAUCUUUUGAAUGACCUUUUUACUUUUUAAAUCAUCCCUGUGUAACUUAUAAUACAUUUUUAUAUUGGCGUUUUUUGUAAAGUUAUUCUUUUUUUAUGUUCACUAUAGAUACCGUCAUAUGGCAGUAAUUUGUCAUUCAAGUCUUAACAUGCGUUAUAAUUUUGUCCAAACUUAUAGCAUGUACAACACAUAAUGUAUCAUCUAUUUCUAUAAUUCAUAACACACUCUUUUCUUUCGUCCGUUCAUAUCAUCAUGUUUCAUUCUCAUGAUUAUUAAGAAAAUGCAAGACACUGAAUGGCAUAAAGAAUUAAAAGAAAUCCAACCUAAGAAUCACAA